ACUAGCCAGCUAGCUAAACACUAGCUGGCUAGCCAUAGCACUCUGGGAGGCGGUGGGUGCCAUAGCAACGGUUUAGGAAACAUUGGCUGUGGUGGCUAGCUAGCUAAGAUAGUACAGGCUAAUGGUGGUUUGUUAUGCUACAGUUCAACAAGGCGUCAUAGAGACUUCAGUGUCCAGUUUAGCGUUACGCAGCCACAAGUCACUGUUAUCUACCUUGCGUCAUUGCCAACAGUACUUAGGUGUAACUUUGCGCCGUGCUUUUUAAUAAGCUGUCAAGGAUGACAGACUGUUGUAACGUUAUAGUGCUGAGUUGAGCUAAUAUGGCUAACGGUAAUUUCCAUCACAUGCAGUAAGCUAACGUUAGCAGCCAAGGCCGACCGUAAACUUUAUCUCAACGCCACCGUUAUGUAAAGGCUGACUUUCUGUACUACGACCUGGUUUUCAGACUCAUUUGUCUCGGAUGCGCCUAUUGUUCGAUUAGCUUAUCGUUAAGUUACUUUGUCAGUGUUGUCAUGAGUCAACCUAUUUAUUACUGAGUCAAUCAGCUGAUCUGUAGCAGCUAAGGUUAAAGUUGGCGCUAACUUAGCUCCUAGUUAAUUAUUUUAUGGUACAAUUAGUUAACCCACGUUGGCUAAUCUUCAGCACAUUUAUGUAUUCUGCUUGAACUAGUAUGGAUGUUGAUGACUGCAAUGGCCGGUCUUACAUAUCAGCUAGUGGAGACUCUUCAAUGGAAAGAGAGUUUUCUGGGGCCCUUGGAGGUCCAACAGUGAGCACUCCAAACAGCAAGGAGACCUCUCCUACUCGCUCGCUCAGUGCCAACUCCAUUAAAGUGGAGUUGUACAGUGAUGAAGACCCAGGUCGUAGUACUGAAGAUGAAAGAGGGGAGCGAGUAGAGGAAGGAGGUCCAGAGCAGGCAUCAGAGGCUGUCGGAGGCUUCAGGGAGCUCACCAAUCCUGAAACCAUGCCAACUGGAGCCACCAGGCUGCCAAAUGGAAAGCUCAAGUGUGACGUCUGUGGAAUGAUCUGCAUUGGGCCUAAUGUUCUCAUGGUGCACAAACGCAGCCAUACAGGUGAGAGACCAUUCCAGUGUAAUCAGUGUGGCGCCUCCUUCACUCAAAAGGGUAACCUGCUCCGUCACAUCAAGUUGCACUCAGGGGAAAAGCCCUUUAAAUGUCCCUUCUGCAGCUAUGCUUGUCGAAGACGAGAUGCACUUACUGGCCACCUUCGCACUCAUGCAGUGUCCUCUCCAACUGUAGGGAAGCCCUAUAAGUGCAGUUAUUGUGGCCGUAGUUACAAACAGCAGAGUACCCUGGAGGAGCACCGUGAGCGUUGCCACAGCUACUUGCAGAGUCUGGAGUCACAGCAGCCAUCCAGUGCACAGACUCCUGGAGAGGAGAUGAGAGAGCUAGAGUUUAUACCAGACUCUCUACUGCAACCCUCCUCAGACAAGAUGGCAUUUAUCGAUCGGCUCGCCAACAGCAUCACCAAACGCAAGAGAUCCACACCACAAAAAUUUGUAGGACAGAAGCACAUACGCCUCAACCUUGGAGAUGCACCUUAUGAGUUCAGUGCUGGUUUGGAUAGAGAUGGGGAGAUGCACGCAGGGGACCUUGAAGCCCCGCACUUUACUGGUCUGGGAGGAGAGUACACAGGCAUAGCAGGUAAUGGAGCAGGGGUAUCAGACACACUGAGACCUCUACACCUUCCCACCACUCACCCUUCAUGUCUGUCGGAACUCAGGCCGAUCCACAGCUCCUCUCACACCCCCAUUGCUCUAGGCCCGAGGCUGGAUUGUACAGGGACAGGAACUGGGCUGGGAGCUGUGGGUGUAGGGGGAAGGGAGGCAGCAGAGGGUCAUGAAGACCUGCCUGUCGGUCGAAGUCAUGUGCCCUCACCUAGCAAUGGUUGCCAGGACUCUACAGACACAGAGAGCAUGCCGGAUGAGCCAUGCAACAGUACUGCUCUGACUCCAAGCCUGCACAGUAACAAUGGCCAUCAUCUUGUCCACUCCAACAACCAUAACCCAGUGCCUCCUCCCAUUGCACAUCACAGGAGCCGGGACAGACACAGCCCCAGCCACGCCAAAGAAAGGGAGGUGGAAAGAGAGGAUGGAGGCCACUCAGCCCCCCCUCCUCCUGCCCUCGCUCCAACUCCCAGCUCACCUACCGCACCCUCCUCCACUUCGAGGGAGGCUUUUAGGGUUGUAGACGGGGAGGGGCGGGCUGUGCGUUCUUUCCGUUGCGAGCACUGCCGUGUACUUUUCCUGGACCAUGUCAUGUUUACCAUUCACAUGGGCUGCCAUGGUUUUCGCCAGCCUUUUGAGUGUAACAUCUGUGGCCACCGAAGUCAGGACCGCUAUGAAUUUUCUUCACACAUUGUCCGCGGAGAGCACAUCCUUGACUGAGGGUAAAGCGUGGACAACCUGCUACACCUAUAGCUAUUUUUACACUGAGACAAGGACCUGGAUGGGUUUGGUCUGCAUACAAGCUAAAGGGGACACUGAUGAUGUUAACCUGACACAAAUAUUUCAAAGAGGCAUUGGUACAGUACGUAUAAUCGUAAUCCUUAUUAUUUUUAAUGCACUUGGAACAACAAAUCUAUUUAAAAUGCACUUUGAAUUAAAUGUAUUCUAAAAUAGAUGAAGAGCCAAAUCACUUUUUCAUCCACAGAUGUGCCUUGCUCCAAAAUUCAGGAUUCAAACCUGAUGCACAAAUUAUAGUAGACCAUUCUGACUUUAGUCCAUAGCAUAAAAACUUGCCCCUCUCGUGCACUUUAACAGAAAUAAUGUAAAAAAUAAAAAAAAAUUAAUGUGAAGAAUGAAGAAGGCUCGCUUCCAAUGGAAUCUGUAGAGUUUUUAAUGCCUUGUUGUAAUGUUUUUCAUGAUUCCCUAACAAAUGUUACAUUUUGCAAAGCUUUUACCAUCUUUGGGUUGACUGUGUACAAUUGAUUGUUUCUUAAAAUGCGAAGUGCAGACCAAACUCAAAAACCAGGUCCAAGUUGAAUAGUUGUGUUUGAGGAGUUGUCCGUGAAUUAGAAAUGCACUUUCGUUUUUAAUGGGGGUUUGGUUGACAGAUCUGAGUGUAUGUGUGAGAGAGAGUGAAAACAUGAGAGACCCUGUGUUUUUUGGAAGUAAAUUGAAUAAGUAAGUGAAAAAUGAAGGCCUUUAUUUGUGUGAAUGCUGAGUGGGACUAUGUAUGAAAUGUUUGUUUUUCUUUUCUAUGACUGCUUUUGUUGCACUGAUACCUGCCAGAAUACUAUGAUUAUAUUAAACUAUUUUGUAGAAUACAUUAAUGACCUGCACAUUUCUCUCAAAUGUGAGAAAAACUGAUGGAAUGUUUUUCUCACUAGGAAAGGAGUACGAGUAUCACUGCCACAAUUUUAGAGAUUACUGAAGAGGUUAGGGUCUCUACAAGUCCGCAACAUUUUCCCUUUCAUCACCCCAUCAAACUGCAAACCAACACUAACACUUUAUGCUAUAUUUAAACCUGAUUUUGGUGUUAUCUCAUUGUAUUGUGCCUUUCUUCACCCUGAUCACACCUUGUUGACCAGACUGAAGUACAUGAGCUACUGCAUCACAUCUUGAAAGUGAUCAUUGUGGGUGAUGUUAGAGAUCAUGAGUUAUAAAAUGAUUAAGCACUCAAGUUGUUUUCCAGACACUUAAGUAUCUGGCUUAUGGCUUUGCACAAUAUCUAUUUAUCCUAUUCAGAUAUGGUUGAUUUAUAUUAAAGUGUUAAAAAAAAAGCAAUUCUGCUACUUUAUCAAAGACUAUAUGUGCAUGGCAUUUGGCACAUGCUGCUAUGACAUGAAUGAGUGCAGUGUACAGCGACAGUUUACUACCGUCCUCACAGGUUAAAUCCAAAAGAUGUUUUAUUUGCUUUUUCUUUGAACACUUUCAGUCCACAGUCACCAGGAACUGUUGUGACAUUAGAGUGAGACAAGUGUUUAUUUCACAAUCAGUUCUAUCAGUUAUGGUUAAUAAUGAAUUAUGCUUUCUUGGUAAAAUUGUGCAGAAACUAAAUAUAUGUCAGGAGAAAUGUGUCAGUUCAAAGAACACCGUCAGCUCAUGAUUCUGAUUCAGUCAGUCUGUUUACAUGUUAAAACAACAGAGAUAUUUGUUUUAGCCACUUUUCGUGAGAUUGAUCUCUAUGUACGCCAUUAUAAAUGGCCUCAUGAGAGUUUUGGACAGACUUAACGAUUCAUGUAUGCACUGCUAUCCAAAAAACCUGAAGAAAAUGGUAAAAAUGAUCAGUUGACUUGAGCCCAUUAACUUUUAAAUUGCACACAAAAUGGCUUAUGGAACUAAAUUUAUCCCAUAUGUGUUUAUCAGAACUGAUAUUUUGACAUUAUUUAAUAAAGGGUAGAUCUUUUCAGCUUAAAUAAAUGUUGCUUUUCACAAGUCUUUUGCAGUCUAAACAGAAGCAACUGAACUACUAAAGGCUCUAAAUGGACAUUUUAGCUCUGGGAACAGUUCCUUAGUUCUGUCAUGUAUUAAAUUUAAUCUUGUAUGGAUUCUCACACUAUAAGUAGUGGUCUAAAUGUGCAAACUCCAAAAUAUAGUUUUUACAACAGGGAAUAAUAAAUUACUUGGUUUUCAUAUUAUUUUUAGACAGUGAGUGUGGUUCUGUAUAGCACCAAAUAAUGGUUCCCUCGUGGCUGAGCCAAAGAGCCAGUACUUCCCACUGUUAAGCACUUUUCCCUAUUAAGGGAAGUGACAAAAAGAAAAAUUCAAGUAAAUUAAUUUGUACAUACAGUAUAAAUUAUGCAGAAGCUACAAGAUAAAAUAUUUUCUUUUCAUACCUCGGUUCCCUUUUUUUCCAAGUUCUUGAGUGGAAAUACAUUUAUUUGAGGGAUAAUUAGAAAGUUGGCUUUGUUAUACAUUGCUGUAUGAGAUGUAAGAGAACAUCUGUUGUUGGCACAAUGCAAUGUGGUGAUCUUGUCACCAAUAUAGAAACACACAAACUUAAACAGGUGGUUAAAAACGUUUUUUCCAAAGUAAUAAUUUAAUUUAAAAAUCAGAUUAUCUUCCCUUAAUAGAAGAAUAAAGACUGUUAAGUCAUGUUAGGACAGUAGUUGGUUUGUAAACUAAUCAGACUCUUGAAAUGUAGUUUUCUGCAACCUGAUCUAGACAUUUAGUGUGACUUAAAUGUAAAUGAUUUGACACCAAAGUUGUCAUUACAAAUCACUGAAAUUGUCACAUCAGUUUGCAUGAGCAAGGAAAUAUUUUUAUCCAAUUACAUCUUAGGCCCUGCUUUACAUUGUAUAUUCUGAUUUAGGCAACAACUUAUCUAAAAAAAAAUAAAGGCCCAGGUGUGAUUCUUCUCCAGUUGGUGUGAUUUGUGUGUAGUAGACUUUGCUAUUGUGCCUUUGGCCUGAGGUCUUUUCUGCAUUUUCCUCAACAGUUUAAAUUCUCAAAUUUUAAGUGCGAAACUUAUUUUGUUGAUCCUGUGGUGCAAGUGCUGCACGUUACAAAAGGCUCCACAUUAUUUUGGUCAUCUUUAAA